UUGACCAAAGACAAUAGAAUAAAGGGGAUAUUUACAUUCUUCAGAGGACUGAUCCUCUUGUUUUCUUAUUGGUGCUUUCCAGACCCAAAGAUGCUGACAGAGCUGAGGCUCAUCCUGGUAGGGAAGACAGGAAGUGGAAAAAGUGCAACUGGAAAUAGCAUCCUGGGCAAGAACGUCUUUGAGUCCAAGCUCAGUUCCAGGCCAUUGACUGAAAGAUGUCAUCUAGAGAGGAGGGAAUGGCAGGGAAGGACACUUGUUGUUAUUGACACCCCAGAUAUCUUUUCCCCUAAUGUCCAGACAAAAAACACAUUUCUGGAGAUCUCUCGUUGUUUGGCCCUCUCGUCCCCAGGGCCUCAUGCCCUGCUCCUGGUGAUCCAGCUGGGCCAUUACACCAAUGAAGACAAGAAGGUCUUAAGGCGUAUUCAGGAAAUAUUUGGAGUGAAGAUCCUGUCUCACACCAUCCUUGUCUUCACCAGGAAAGAAGACUUAGGGGAUGGGACCCUGAAGGACUAUUUAAAAGGAACAGAGAACAAAAGCUUGAGCUGGUUGGAUACAGUGUGUGAAGGAUUUCACUGUGGUUUCAACAACAAAGCUGAAGGUGAGGACCAGAAGAACCAACUAGAGGAACUGAUGCACAUGGUAGAUGGGAUGCUCUGGAAAAAUGAAUACCAAUAUUACUCAAAUAAGGUGUACGACUACAUCCAGCAAAAUAUUCAGCAGUUAAAAGAGGAACUGGGAGAACAGUCAAUAGGCCUGGGACAGGUUUCUAAGGGAGUUUUCUGUAAGGAGAAUAUGCCAUCAAAGAAGGAAUCAGUUCAAAACUGCUCUGUCCUAGAAAGUCUGAUGACCAUUCAGAGGAAAUAUAAGCAGCAACAAGAAUUCAUGCUGAAUAAGGAGUCACAGACUCCUGGGGUGGAAGACAACACAUCUCGGGGUUCUUUCUUCUGCUUUUACCAUGGCAUGUUUUCCUGUAGCUUUUUUCCCCCUCAUCCCCCAUCCCUUAUGAAACAAACCCAGUCAACUGAACCCAGGCACUCAGGAAAGAACCCAGAGCUGGAGUCUGAAAGACCCCAAUGCCAAAACUAG